UCCUUUUGACAAAUUGCUGCAUCCUGGAUCUGUUGCAACGUUCCGCUCAAUUCAAUACUUACCCACCAGGGUCAACGCCUAGAAACAUUGCCAUUGCAUAUCUCUCCUUCGUUUCUUCUCGGUUUUGGUACAAAAGCUCGUGAAACGAAGAGGAGAAAAACAGAGAGAGAAAAGGAAGCCCAGAGAUGGAUUCUGCAGCAACAACGUCGCGUAUCGUGGAGAAACUGAAGCUCACGCCCCAUCCGGAAGGUGGGUUUUUCUCCGAGACCUUCAGGGACACCUCUAUUCAUCUCUCCAGAUCUCAGCUUCCGCCUCACUACAAGGUUGAUCGACCCGUGAGCACAUCCAUCUACUUUAUGCUGCCGGCGGGAAGUGUGUCACACCUCCACCGUAUACCUUGUGCUGAGACCUGGCAUUUUUAUUUGGGAGAACCUCUCACGGUACGGCUAAAUUCCAAUGGAAGUUUCAAAUUAACCUGCAUUGGAUCUGACCUUACUGUAGACAAUCAGCAACCACAGUACACAGUGCCUCCAAAUGUAUGGUUCGGUUCGUUUCCGACGAAGGACUAUACCAUCUCUCCGGAUGGCUCCGUGCUCAAAGCUGCCCCAAGGGAUGCGGAGAAACACUACUCUCUGGUGGGUUGUACUUGUGCACCGGCCUUUCAGUUCCAGGACUUCGAGUUAGCUAAGCGCUCUGACUUUCUUUCUCGGUUUCCCAAUCUGGAGCCUGUCCUCUCUAUUCUCACCCUGCCUGAUUGAGGAUUCACUUCCCAUUCUGUAGCUUGUUUAGCGGCUGGGUACAUCUCUGAUGCUUUGAGCUGUUGAAUCCCUAAUCAAGCAUAAAAUAAAUGGCAACUUGCAAUACUUAUGUUACAAAAUGAGGAGAUGAUGUGUGUUCUUAUAUUUGAUACUUGAGAUAAUAUAUGAAUCUUGCAUUUCAGACAGCA